AUCUUAGUUGGAUCCCUAACUGUUUCUUAAAACCCACCACUCUCUUCCCUCGUAACCCUAAACCUCCGACUCUGCUCUCCCUUUCUCCUUUCCUUCCCUUCCCUCAACAAUGGCGAAUCCUUUGGACGAGGAAACCACAAAGAAAGUUAUUCGUCAGGUUGAGUUUUACUUCAGUGAUAGCAAUCUUCCUAGGGAUUCUUUUCUUAAGAAAACCGUUGAUGAAAGUGAAGAUGGCUUGGUGUGUUUGGCUUUGAUAUGUUCGUUUUCGAGGAUGAGAUCACAUCUGGGUUUGGGAGCAGCAAAGCCAGAGGAUAUAACAGAUGAUACAGUGAAAUCUGUGGCGGAUGCAUUGAAGGGCUCGACUUUUCUCAAGAUUUCAGAGGAUGGAAAGAGAGUUGGCAGAACUACAGAAUUGCCAAAGCCCGAGGUGGUUAUAGAACAACUAGAUGGGAGGACAGUAGCUGCAUCUCCAUUGGAGUAUGAUGUCAAGCUUGAAGAUGUUGAGUCAUUCUUUGGCCAACAUGCUAAGGUUAACAGUGUAAGGCUACCUCGCCAUGUUGCUGACAAAAGGCUAUUUUGUGGCACUGCCCUGGUUGAAUUUUCUAGUGAGGAAGAUGCCCAAAGUAUUCUGAAGCAAAGCUUGGUUUAUGCAGGAGUGGAGUUAGAAUUUAAACCAAAGAAGGACUUUGAUGAAGAAAGAGCUCAGCAGGAGAAAGACGCUGAGAGUAAUAAUCAUCAGGGUUCAUUUCGUAAAAACCAUUCCAACUCUGAACCUAACUACCCCAAGGGCUUGAUUGUUGCUUUUAAACUGAAGAAGAUCUCAGAGGAAGGUUCUGCAGAACAAAAUGGGGACCAAGCACCAGCUGCUGACAAUGUUGAGGUCCCUGCUGCUGCAGAUGCAAAAGCUACAACAGAAGAUGACAAGGAGAUGACUGAAACAAAAGAGUCAAAAGAUGAAGAAAAUCCUGAAAAUGGUGGUGAGGGAGAUGACAGUGUGGAAAAUGAAGUCCAGGAAUCUGAAGCUGCAGGGAAAUCUGAGGAGAGUCCAAUGGAAAAGGAUGAUGAAGAAGCAAAACAAGAAAGACCAAACAUUUCUGAAUGCAAGGACAAUAAGGAUGUUGUUCUACGAGAAGAUCUGAAGACUUUGUUUAAGAAAUUUGGUUAUGUUAAGUUUGUCGAUUUCGCAAUUGGAGCAGAUUCAGGGUACGUAAGGUUUGAGGAUGCCGAGGCAGCUCAAAAGGCCCGAGCUGCUGCUGUGCUUGCUGCAGAUGGUGGUCUGGUGGUGAAGAAUUUUAUUGCUACUUUAGAUCCUGUAACAGGUGAUGCCGAGAGGGAAUACUGGAGUCAGCUUCGUAGUGGUCAGGAAAAAUACCGUGAUACUAGGGGGGGAUACAGAGGAAGGGGUGGCAAAUUCAGAGGCGGGAGGCACUCGCGCCACAGAGACAAUAAUUCAGGUCGCCCGAACAAAGUUCAGAAGGUUGGAGCAUAAAUAGACCUCUUCACACGAGAACUGAAGACACGGCACAAUUAUGUUACGACAUUACCCUGCGGUCUUCGUUCUCAGAUUUUUGUGUUCUUGCAUUAUAAAUUAUGUUUGAGCUCUAAGCGUCUUUAAUUUAUAGUACUAUGGUUUUGCAUAAAACUUACUGGAAACCCCUUUUCGUUAAAGUAAUGAUAGUUUGGUUGUCAAUUGAAUUUGAUGCGUUA